UGCUUUUCCAGGACUCCCCCAAGUGUCAACAUGAGGAACUGCACCUCCGUGGCACAGUUCAUCCUGCUGGGCAUUCCUAACACUGCAGGGCUGGAGAACAUGCUCUUGGUCUUCUUUCUGGCCUUCUACCUCUUCACCUUGCUGGGGAACCUGCUCAUCUUCCUCACUAUUCUGGCUUCUUCCAACCUCCACACCCCCAUGUAUUUCUUUCUGGGAAACCUGUCUGUGUUUGAUAUAUUUUUCCCUUCCGUUAGUUCUCCCAAAAUGAUGCUCUACCUAAUGGGGCAAAGCCGAACCAUCUCCUACCAGGGCUGUGCCUGCCAGGUCUUCUUCUACCACGCCCUCGGGGGCACUGAGUGUCUCCUCUACACUGUGAUGGCGUACGACCGCUUUGUGGCUAUCUGUCACCCUUUGCGAUACACUGUCACUGUGAACCACAGGGUGUGUACCGGCCUGACAGUGGGCGCUUGGCUGGGAGGCUGUGUACAUGGAAGUAUCCUCACCUUUCUCACCUUUACAUUACCCUACUGUGCCUCCAAUGAAGUGGCUAAUUUUUUCUGUGACAUACCAGUGGUGCUGCCCCUGGCCUGUGCAGACACCUCUCUAGCACAGACGGUGAGUUUUACUCAUGUGGAUGUUGUGACUCUUGUAUGUUUCUUUCUUAUCCUCACUUCCUAUAGUCGUAUCCUUUUUUCCAUACUGAAAAUCAGCUCUUCGGAAGGCAGGAACCGGGCCUUUUCAACUUGCAGUGCUCACUUGCUGUCAAUCCUCUUGUUUUAUGGGCCUGUGAUGCUCAUCUACCUCCGGCCUGCUUCCAGCCCUUGGCUAGAUUCUGUUAUUCAGGUCUUAAAUAAUAUUGUCACGCCUUCUCUUAAUCCUUUGAUUUAUACCUUGAGAAACAAGGAUGUGAAAUUGGCCCUAAGGAAGAUGUUAACUCAAAUGGUGCACGCUUCUGGGGUAUAG